AUGUAAAAUUAAGACAGUUUAUUCUUUUAGAGUCAACUCUAUGUGGCAGAAUUGUGUGAGCCCAUAAGUUUAAUAGAAUUUGUAUUGGAAGAUGUAAAACCAAAACAAGAAAAAGAGCAAAGAUUAUCACCAGUCAUUUAAGUUUCAGAUCGAAAUGAAAAAAUGAAAACUCAAAAUGAAAAGAUCAAUCCAUCCAAAUCUAAUGUGCCUCAUACAUAAUAAAGUAGAAAGAGUAAUUCAGAUACUACUUGUAAAGGGAAAAACUGGAUUAUUAAGAAAUUAAAUGAAGAAACCUAACCUAAGAAAGUCGUAACUUGUUUACCUAAUUUGCCUAAACCUAUCUAGAAUUAAGGAAAGCUAUUCUCCAACACUGCUUCAAGACAGAUGAAACAGAGACUCAACAAAUUUAUAGUGGAUCAGAAUAAGAAUCAAUUCCUACUCCAGAAUGAUAUUUUAUAAGGAUAAAACUCUUCAUUGCCUCAUUUAAGUAAUAAUGUUUAAAUUAAAAUCAGAUUCUCCAAAAUAACUCCCGAUUUAUGA